AUGCGCAAAUACUCAUUCCCUCAAAUACUCGCAUUUAUCCUCUCUUUCUUCCUCCCUCCUGUUUCCGUUUGGUUCACCGAAGGAUUUGGCGUGGAUUUCUGGAUCAACGUGGUCCUCACCAUUCUCGGCUUUAUCCCUGGUUCCAUAUAUGCAACGUACAUUUGGAUUGUGUGGAUUGAGAGAAAAUGGCAAACUCAUCAUGGCAAGGAAGUUACAAACCACCCCUUCUUGAUUUUCAGCAAGGAGUUCGAAGUCAGGAGUAGAUGGAAGGGCAAUGGUCAAGAUGGGUUCUUCGGAUACUUCGAUGACAACAUCAAAGGUGGCCAUGGACCAAAUAUGGUUGGAGGGGAUGUGGAUAUCGAGCGAGCUAGACCGAUCCGGAAUGAACAGCAAGUCGCUGUAUGA